CCGACACAAUCUUUCAGCAAAACGACAAGUGCCUUAGUUGUCUACUAAAUAACUUCGCUAAGAAGAAAAUUUAACAUUUCAUAUUCAGUUCUUCUUCCUGCGGGAAAGUGCUUUAUUGUUUUAUUUCUCGAAAGCUUAAACAUAAAGAAAAUAAUUUCGCGCCCAUCCAAAAACAAAUUUAUCGGUCGAUUGGAAGAUUUGUAAUUUUAAAGAUAAGUUAUUUUGCAAGCUAAGAAUUAAUUAUGGAAUACAAGCCCGUGUUGCAAUUCAACCAGCUCCUCUUUGAGUUCUUCACCAAACUAGAACCGACACAUGAGUCUCUCAGCGGUGCAGUGUAUGCAUUGGGACUAAAACGAUGCGGCGAGAUUAUUCGCUACAACAACGAGGAUAUGGCCUUACAGGGUGACUUAAGCUUGUCGGCCUUCGCGCCCUACUGGCAAAACUUUGCCAAAAAGCUGGGACGCACUUUACGCCGAGAUGAUGACCUUCUGCUGCCUGGCCCAAAGGAGCGCCAGGAGCUUAUCGAUCUGUCUAACGAGUGGAUCUUUCCGAUUUCCGAAAUUUCCAUUUUGCAUAAGGAGCGCUAUUUUCUCUUUUUCCAACGCCGUCCGAUCAUCGCCUAUGUCCUAAAGUCAGUGUUGUCACCGAAUGAAAACUACGGACGUCCGCUGAAGACGGAGCAUUCGCCCACUAUAUACUUGAACUUCCAAGCCAAUUCCGGUGCAACAGAUGGCUCCCAGGAGCUCCGCCAAUACCGCUUGCAGCAGCUCUACAAUAUUCUGCUCCGUCUGGUGGACUACUCGUCCUGGCGUUUGGUGGAUUCCAAUAAUCGUAAGAAAGACACCCUUUGUGUGUCCGUCGAAGCGCAGAAAUGCUUUCAGAAGGAGGAGCCCAAGGAUCAUGUCUGCAUCGUGAGCGGUCCUGUUUUGGAGCCCGUCAAGAAGACAGCCACCACAUUGACUUUCGAUCAAUAUUUGGAGCUGCGCUCCUCUCAUAUGCGUCUGAUGGCCAUGCACCGCUAUGGAGUCCGCCCGACUGGUUUGUGCGGCAUGGAUGCACUAAUGAAGCGUCUUGGAGCAGCUGCCGUAAUCGUGGAUCUUUUCGAGGUGCGCCAUGCCACCGCCGUCACUGUGGUGCGCUCUGGAUUGGGCAGCUCAAAGGGAGCGUCAUACAUUCUAUACAAUUCGGCUCGACUGGAGACCAUAUUGCGCACAUUUAAUAAUCAUGUCGAGGAUGGCUACUAUAAUUCAUUGCCUCCACUAAAGGAAAUCGAUCUUAGUGUUUUAGAGGAGGAUAUGGACUGGCAUUUGAUUUUUGGGUACCUUUUCGGUUUCCCGGAGUUGCUCGAAUCCCUAGUAGAUCAAAUGUCUCAGGGUCAGUGCGGUGUUCACCUGCUGGUGCGCUUUAUUGAAAAUCUGGCUAGCGCCUUCAGUCGCUACUAUCGUCAGAAGAAGGUACUCGUCCAGAAUCGCGAUCAAUUGAUGCCAAUUCUGUACGCCAGGAUCUACCUUAUGUUGGCUGUGCGACAGGUGCUGAAUAUGGCACUGUCGCUGUUUGGCAUUGAACCGGUGGAUUAUAUUUAAAGAUCUAUUGAAUAGAUCACCUAAACAACCUAAAAAAGAGGCUUAUUAGAUUCGUAACCUGUCACAAAACGGAUACUGUCGUAAACAGUAUCUGAUAAUUUAUACAAGAAAACAUGUGAUCUUCAUAAUCAUUUGAUACUGAUGUAUUUUUAGUUACAUCUAUACUUCCAUCGACUAGACUAUACAUUAAUCAUAAUCAUAGAAUUACACGCACUCAAAAUGGAAACCCACCACUUAACAAGUGUCAAAGGAAAGACUUGGUUUUUUUGUAAAAUAAAAAAACCCCUUUGUGUA